AUGGAAUUGAGGAAAAAGCUGUGCAUUGCGGUGGGUGUUUUGGUGCUUGUGAUGGAAUUGGGAUCAUGCAAAUUCGUGUUUAAGGUGCAACACAAAUUCGCAGGGAAAGAGAAGAAGCUUGCUCAUUUCAAGUCUCACGACACAAGACGUCACUCUCGGAUGCUCGCCUCCCUUGAUCUCCCUCUCGGCGGAGACAGCCGCGUAGACUCUGUCGGUUUAUACUUCACCAAAAUCAAGCUUGGGUCGCCACCAAAGGAAUAUCAUGUUCAAGUCGAUACAGGAAGUGAUAUACUAUGGGUCAACUGCUCUCCAUGCCCAAAAUGUCCCACCAAAACCAACUUGGGUUUCCGUUUAUCAUUGUACGACAUGAAUGCUUCCAACACCUCUAAGAAGGUUGGCUGUGAAGAUGAUUUUUGCUCUUUCAUUGCGCAAUACGAAACCUGUCAACCCGCUACUGGUUGUAGUUAUCACAUCGUGUAUGCGGACCAAAGCACAAGUGAUGGCAGCUUUAUAAGGGACAGCUUAACACUCGACCAAGUUACUGGAGAUCUUCAAACCGGACCACUUGGGCAGCAAGUGGUUUUCGGGUGUGGAAGUGAUCAAUCAGGGCAACUUCGGAAUUCUGAGUCAGCAGUUGAUGGCGUUAUGGGAUUUGGACAAUCAAAUACCUCUGUCCUUUCACAACUAGCUGCCACGGGGGACGCUAAAAGAGUUUUCUCUCAUUGCUUGGAUAAUGUCAAAGGAGGUGGCAUAUUUGCUGUUGGUGUAGUGGAUUCUCCAACCGUUAAAACAACCCCUAUGGUACCUAAUCAGAUGCAUUACAAUGUUAUGUUGAGGGGAAUGGAUGUCGAUGGUGCUCCUCUUUUCCUUCCACCAAGUAUUGUCAGGAACGGAGGAACCAUUGUUGAUAGUGGUACAACUUUGGCUUACUUUCCAAAGGCUCUUUAUGAGUCCCUAAUAGAAACGAUUACUGCUCGUCAACCUGUAAAACUACACAUCGUAGAGGACACCUUCCAAUGUUUCAGCUUCACUAAAGACCCGGAUCAGGCAUUCCCACCAGUAAAUUUUGAUUUUGAGGACUCUCUCAAACUGACAGUUUAUCCGCAUGAUUAUCUUUUCACACUUGAGAAAGACAUGUAUUGCUUCGGUUGGCAAGCUGGUGGAUUGAAAACAGAGGAAAGCUCAGAAGUUAUUCUCUUGGGAGAUAUGGUGCUUUCGAACAAGUUAGUAGUGUACGAUCUGGAGAACGAAGUGAUUGGAUGGGCAGAUCAUAACUGCUCAUCAAGCAUCAAAGUCAAAGACGGGUCAGGAGGAGUUUACUCGGUCGGAGCAGACAAUCUCUCAUCAGCUCCUCCUUUGUUGAUGAUCGGGAAGCUUCUAACAAUUUUGUCGACAUUGGUCACAUUGGCUUUUACUUCAUUAGCAUAG